GAUGAAGUUUCGAGGAGAGUACGAUUGUCUCGGCCGUUUGUAAAGAUUCUGUGACAACCCAGGAAAUUUUGCAAGAGAGAGAGAAGCCUUGGUACUUUGCUGAUAAAUCUAAAUCGAAUGAUUUUAUGCUGGGAUCGAAAAUUCCGCUUAAAAACGAACCCGAACAGGAAGAACUUGAAGUCACGAUUUUGAAAUAAGCUGAAGUGUUUGUCGUCACACACAGUUUGUUAUUCAUGGUUCUGAGGAGAUCCUUCGACGUAAUAAUGGUUAUGAUGGUUUCAGCGUGUUUUUGAGAACCUGGAAGGGCAAGUCCGAAUAUUUUGAUUUUGAAUCAUAACGAAUCACGCGAGUGACAUAUUUCUUGAUUGUAGUGAAAUUGAAACUGAUUGGCCUGAUUUGCAUUUUAAAUCUACCUGGUUUGUGUGGUUUAUCGUUUACCAUGGAAAAACAGAGAGGAAAUUUGGACGAUCUCAUGUCCUUCUCCUCCGAUGAAGAAGACAAUGUUGCCCCAAGGUCCGAUGUUUCUUGGUUGACUGUCUUGUCUUCUGAAUUCGAAGGAAUGGGUGUAAGUUCAUCCGGCGCUGACACAGUUCGCUCGCUGCCACCGAAUUUCUGUUUGUCAAACGGCAAAGAAACAAGCAAUCUUCGAAAUGGAAAUGACAAUUCGAACCGAACGUUACAGUCGACUAAACCAGGAGCAAGAUUUACACAUUCAAGUCAUAUUAGAGAAGAACACUCAAAUUGUUUCAAUUUUACGACUACCACUGCGAGUGCGACAGGUCGUCACAGUUUACCUGAAGAGGCGAACAGAUUACGGGCGUCCCGUUCUUGCGAUGACCUCUCACCGCCCAGGAACCAAGUGGAAAAACCAAGCAAAGUCGCGGAAUUUCGUCACGGUGGAUUUCCCAAUUAUCACACGUUAUUUAGGCCCCCAUCAGAAGUAAUGGACUCUAGACACCCAUCGGAUCCUAGUGGCAAAACAGAGGUUGAAAAUGCUGUAGGUGUACAGUCCUACUCCUCUAGACUUAAUGUGACUUUGAAAGGUCAUGAUUCAGAUGUUGGAAUAGCAAUUGCAGACCAAUCUUUCAGCAGCAAUACCUCAUCAAAUUCUAGCAAAGAACACCCCUACGGUUCUAUCACUUUAAAGCGUGAAAAGCUUCCAGGAGAAUCAUUCAGAAAGCCAGUCCAGAGAAAAACUUUGUCAGAAGGAAAGUUGGCAAAAGACACUGUUUUCUUUCCAUCGCAGACAACUCACAAUGCACACAGCUCUAAAACAUAUCCCAGAAAUACAAGACCUUUGACAGUGAACCUCCCCGAGGAAGACGAGGUUGGUAUGCUUCAACAAUCUUCAAAAGAGUCACGUGUUCGAUUGAAGUCCGUUUCCUCCAGUCGGUCACCCCCUUUUAAGCUUUCCAAUCGCCCAGUCUCUGCUUCACUGUCGGACAAAACGUCACUGGGUCCAUCGAUGUCAAGGAACAGUUCUGGUUGUGAUUCAAAGUUCCUUUUUUUUGGAGAUGGUUUGUUCGAUGUCGCCAAAGAGAGGAAUGAAGAGGCUACUGCUUUUAGUGCAAUGAUGACCUCUGUCAGGUCAAACUUUCGCUGGGAUGAAGAAACGAACGCCGGUCAUGUUUUAAGUCCCACGAUACCCUAUGAUCACGAAGCAUUUCCGAGCAACACCGACGCAUUUAUUGCCAUCUACACCGAUCAACGACAGGACACCCUCAAGUUCACCUUUACUGUACAUAGCCGUGUCUGCAAAAUAAUCGAGCUCGCCCUGAGUUGCUUGUCAGAUGAUGUUAAAUUUCUAGAGUACAGCUCAGCCGCAGUGUAUGUGCUUAAAGUCUGUGGACGUUCUGAGUAUCUGGAAUCAAACGGAAUCCUUAUCCAGUAUGCCUAUGUGCAGGAAUGCAUCAAGUUUAAACGUGAAGUUGAACUUGUCCUAGUCGAGAGUUGGCAAGUUUCCAGGCAGCUGGCUCGGACUGAAGAAGACGACUUGGAUGGCAUCGUUUCCCACAACUACAAAGAGUUUUUUGACUGCCCUGUGACCACCGCUGUAUCGAGAUAUGGGCUGACUGUGCUGUUAGAGGCAUUUAAUCAAGAACUGGUCAAACUCUUGGAAGAAAGUACUAGUUACACCAAGCCAUGGUUUGAGCCAAACCGUACAAUCCAAGCCGUGAAAGCCAUCUGUACCACCCUGGCAACCUUGGAAACGAAAGAGGUGAUCGAUUCCAUCCGAAAUUUACAAAAUCUACAAAAGGCUGCUGAGGUUUCUGAUAGAAUGGUUCCUAACCAGUUCGAUCUGAAUGAUGCUCUCUCAAAGUUGCAAUCAGCUGUUUUGCUCCUUAUCGAGAUGUACUGUGAUGCGUUUGAUACCGAGUUUGUUCCCACUCGGAUAGAGAGACCCAAACUGUCCGGAUCUAUAGAGGUUACAGCCAUGACAGACAACGUCCGUAUCCAAGUGGCAUUCGCCCAUAGACUGCCUGUGCAAUGGAACCAAGACUUCGAAAGCUUUGAAGUUCGAAGUGGAAUUUACUAUGGGGGGCGCCUGACGUGCCCAGUCGAAGUGACGAAGCAAAUUAAGAUAACCCGAAAUUUCUUCGACCAGCUGAUGUGGAAUGAAUGGCUGCAAUUCAAGAUGCAAGUUCGUCAACUCCCACGUGAGUCUCGUCUGUGUUUCACACUUUAUGGCGUUCAACCGAUUGGCAAAGGAAACACCUUGAAUACCAGCAGAACUCCACUUGGGUGGGUUGCACUACCACUCUUCGAUUUUAAGGGCGUUUUGGUGUCGGGAACGCAUCUCCUUGGUUUAUGGCCGGAUGACGCAGCCAACCCAGUUGGCACUUGUACAUCAAACCUGCUGCAUCCAUCCAGUGUCAUUCUGCAAGUCGAAUUCGAACGCUAUUUGGCUGAUAUUGUCUUUCCAGAUUUCGAAAGCAAUGGCUGGCUACCUCGCGAUGAAACGGAUCGCUGUGAGCCCCAGCCCAAAACCGCUGAAGUAUACAAGAAUAUUUUGGAGAAAGAUCUCUUCAAUGAGCUGAAGCCAGAGGAGAGCGAACUUCUUUGGGAACAUCGCCAUUACUGCAUGUCAGUGCCAAGAGCGCUACCUCUCAUCUUGUCUGCAGCGCCAUCUUGGGAGUACGGUUUCCUUCCAGAAAUCUACAAUCUUCUGGCAUCUUGGGCCCCUUUAAAACCAGUGGAUGCUUUGGAGCUGCUGAAGGUCAAUUUUCCGGACACCCGUGUGAGAGAUACGGCGGUUCAGUGGAUGGAAGCAGUUGUUGAUGAUGAAUUGUGCGAUUACCUUCCUCAGCUCGUCCAGGCCGUAAAGUAUGAAAUCUAUCACGACUCCUCUUUAGUUCGCUUCCUUAUCCGCCGGGCUCUUGCCAGUGUCAGAGUCAUGCAUUAUCUCUUCUGGUACCUGAAGGACACUAUCGGUGAUCCACAGUUCGGUCAGCGAUUCCAAAUUAUUCUCGGUGGUCUGUUGAAUAUCUGUGGAAAUGCCCAAAGGUGCGAGUUUACGAUGCAAGACGAAGUUGUCGCUGACCUUGCAGAAGUGGCCCGGAAAGUCAAAACCUCAAGAGAAUCAUCACGAAUGAAUGUCCUUCACCAAGAACUAGCAGUGGUGGCUGCUAACUUUGGUCCAACCUUUAGGCUUCCAAUAGGCCCAAGUUAUGAGGUGAAAGGUGUUAACGUUCCAGCCUGUGGAUACUUUACAUCGCAUUCUGCGCCAUUGCGACUCAUUUUCAAGAGCGUUGACCCGUUUGGCGAAGAUGUCCACGCAAUGUUCAAAAUUGGGGACGAUAUGAGACAAGACCGGCUUAUCCUGCAGCUUGUGGGAAUCAUGAACAAGAUCUGGUUACGAGAAGGAAUCGAUUUGAAAAUGAUUACCUACAAAUGUGUGGCAACUGGGGUUGGGAUGGGGAUGGUGGAAAUUGUGAAAGAGUCGGUCACGCUUCGAGAAAUCCAUACCGAGCUCGGUCUGACAGGUUCUUUCAAGGAUGAGCCAAUAGCAAGAUGGAUCCAAAAGUACAACACUGGCGAUGAAAGCUACCAACAAGCUGUGGAGAAUUUUACAGCUUCAUGUGCAGGCUACUGCGUUGCCACUUAUGUCCUCGGUAUCGGCGAUCGUCAUAACGACAAUAUUAUGAUCAAGAAAAGUGGUCACAUGUUUCAUAUUGAUUUCGCCAAGAUCCUUGGAAACGCUCAGAUGUUCGGCACAUUUCGACGCGAUCGGGCUCCCUUCGUCUUGACUUCAGACAUGGCUUUCGUCAUAAACGGAGGCUACCAGCCGAGUAGUCGUUUUCAAGACUUUGUAGACCUCUGCUGCAAGGCGUUUAACGUCAUUCGGCGCCAUUCCAACUUGCUGCUUAAUUUGUUGUCCUUGAUGCUGAAUUCUGGAAUAUCCUGCUUGAGUCAGGUGGCGGAUUUAAAGUACAUUAGAGAUUCCUUGCUUCCAGAUUCCUCAGAAGGAGAAGCUACGGCGGCGUUCACAAGACUAAUCGAGGCUAGUCUGUCAUCAUGGUUCACUCAAGUCAAUUUCUUCAUUCAUAAUGUCGCUCAGAUCAGAGACGUUAGUCAAAUACGAAUCUCGACAGGUACAAACGCCAGCGCAAGCUCUGUUCUUUCAUUCGUUCACGGAACAUAUUCUGUCGACUCAGACGGGUUGGUAGAAUCUGCUCGUGUUGUGGACAUCCACAAGCGCUACAAUCCUGAGAAAUAUUACGUUUACGUUGUAAACAUUUGCCGACUUGGAGUUCAAGAACCGGCGUUUGUUUUUCGCAGGUUCAGCCAUUUUUACGAGCUACAUUCAAAGCUCUCCGAGGCUUUUCCGGAAACCAGUCUGCCCAAACUCCCUAGCAAAAAAUAUAUCGGUCGUUCGCAGAUCCGUGUUGUUGCCGAGCGGAGACGAAGUGACCUUGACGAUUACAUCCGCCAUUUACUGAUGCUGCCUCCUGAAAUUUCAGAAUCGGAACUCCUGUACACAUUCCUUCAUUCUCUUCAGCAAGACAAGAAAGAUGCACGCUUGUUCUCGGCUCCCUUGCUUCCGGAGGAAAAACGAAACCGCCAAAGAGUCAUUGGGGGACAAGUGAAGUUGCAGAUUCGGCACGAGUGCGAUGCCCUUCGCGUCAUGGUUAUGCACGCGAAAGAUUUAUCUGCAAGAAAUACAACAUAUCUGGCAGAUCCUUACGUCAAACUAUACCUCCUUCCAGAUCCUAUUAAGGCUACAAAACUCAAGACCAAGAUUGCACGGAAAACACUCAAUCCAACAUUUAACGAAACAUUACUGUACAGUAUACCGGAGCAUGAAGUCAGACAGCGACAUCUGCAGGUCACUGUACUGGACCAUGAAAAUGUAGGCGAGAACGAAUUCCUCGGUGGACUGAUCAUCGACCUGUCACAAGCUGAGCUUAAGACGUCUGUGGCUCGGUGGUUCACCCUAACAGACAUUAGAAAACCGCCAUGAUCACGCACAACGUUCAUGGGACCAUUCAUUGUGAGAAGAAACUGGAGAAGCUGCACCCAAGGAACUACUGAUUAGUGCCUACAGCCCUUCAUCACUUACUGUGCCAAUCACAUCAUAGGAAAUAAAAAUGAACUCAGUGAAAUUUAUUUGUGCCCAAUUUGUGCCCAGCACCAAAGCAAGUGGAAAAGACGAACAACUUGGAUGGAACUCUUUGCUGGAUUUUAUUUAAGUCUACGAGCACGCAUGUGGAAUUCAAAGAAACAUUCAGAUAAAACAGUCUUAAGGAUGCAGUUGGAUCAAGAGAAUCGCGAACUGCUUGCUCUCUAUCAACAUUUAGAUAUCUCCACUCACCAGUAAAUAUGGAAGGUUCCAAAAGGAGAAACUGGAACUUCACGUUAUUAGUAGAGAUGCAAGUAUGUCUGUUUCCUUAUCCAGCCACACUCUCUAACUUUUUAUCACAGUAGUUCCACGACGAUGGUAGUGUAAAUUUAAGUCUUGUACUGUAUCUGUUAGAGCAGUUGCUAAAAUUACCGGUUGUUAGUCAAAGUGAGUGUCAUACUUAAGUAUUAAGUUCCGCAACGUUGAAUAUUAUGCACAGUUAGCAGAGGAGUCAGAUUUGACUUUGUUAAUAGACACCCAAUGAGAUCUCGUAUAUCACUGGUCAAACGAGUCACGCUGCAAAUGUACGGUUUUUGUAACCUAAAAUACAGUCAGAUUUAACUCUUCUGCUACCUAGGUUUAUAGUUUGGGUUCUCGAGACCACGUGUUGCAAGUUUUUUACUUAUUGUUUUGACCUUUAUUAUGACAUUAUCGUUACAAGCUUUUCUAGCUUGUAAUAGGUCAACGAGCCGAAAAGUGAACUAGCGAAAAACGGCGGGAAUUGGACACAAACUAUUUCCUUGGCAACCGCCGUCUUUCGCCCGACCGCUCUUGGACCGAUUUCCUUUAGCAUGCGCAACUGAAAACCACUGAAGGACUACUUCUUCGUGUUGAUUAUUCAUUUCAUUUGGCCGAUCGAUCCAUCGAUGGAUCUUAUCUUGUUUGAAGUUUAGAAAGUCAGUAAAAGGAUUUCAAAGGAGGUGAAAAAUACAAUAGAUGAUAGAAGCUAAUAGAGCGGUUUUCGAUUGAGUGUCGUAAAACCCAAAAUAAAGCAAUCACAUUAGCCAAUCGUUGCAAGGAAAAUAUCGCAAGGAACCAAUGAGAACUCGAAGUAUAGAACAAGCAAACUGCCUGAAGCGCGGGAAAACGUGUGUGACCAAAUCCCUAUUGGUCUCAGAUUUGAAUCUGAUUGGUUGAGAAAGUGGUGCGAGUUCACAUAGCGAAGUAAAGCAAAACCGGAGCAAUCCCGGGGUUACUUUCGACAUUAGUUGAAAAUUGCUCUAUCUUAGCUAAUGAAGUUUAUAUUCUUUCUGAAUGGUGUCUCAAAACUGUCAUAAUAUGACUGCCAUGAAUUUCUGUGAAAUCACAUUAUUAUUUAUUCGUCUUCUCAUGCUGUCGCGUACAGAAGUUCUAACUCUAAGUGAAACUCGUGUUUUCCGAUUAAGGAGAAUAUUUAUAAAAUGAUUUAAACCUAGAAGGUGAUUUUGUGUGAUCCUCCGAAGGAGGAAUUAUCAAUAAGCUUAUUGAUUGGUAGCGACCUGGUGAGUUCAAACAGAAGUUGUCACUGAAGUCACAGCUAUCGAGUCUGAAGACAGGUUUAGCAAAGAUGACAAAGAAUUUAUGUAGAAAUCAUCGUUCGUUUCCUGUAGUUGCACCGACCAAUUUUUUGAAAGUAACCCUAGUAACUGAAGUCGCACUGCAAAUCUUCAAACUCAGGCAGUAUUUAAUAUUCCAUUCUUACUUCUUAUUUAUUUGUAUUACUGGCGUCACCUUGAUUUUCGAUUUCUGGGUUUUGACCAUUGCUAUUUUUAAAGAUGCCAUGCCACUGUUUUGUAAAUCAGUUCGGAGUUCAAACUAGUACACCUUAUAGCUUAUUGAGAGACAGAAAAGCACAUUAAAAGUGUGUGAA